CGGAAACCCACCCCGGUAACUCGCGGGUAAUGCUCUCGCCGCUCCCCACCGCCGCCCGACGCCCCGUCCGACCCUCGGUGGGGAUGGCGGCAGCCACUCGCUCCGGCCCUCACGCUCGCCCGCGGCCUCGCCCUCCCCCGCAAGGGACUACUCCAAGAGAGGCAAGUGUGAGAAGCAAGGCGGCGAUGACGGAGGAAAGGCGUCCUAAAGUGGAGCAAUAUGUUGGUGAAAUUAAAGGUGGCCUGAGACCAGCCAUGAAACUCACAGUCAUAGGAAUGGUGCACUCCAACCCCAAGAGCUUUUCAGUGACUCUGCUCUGUGAUCCAGUGGAUGCAAACAAAGAUGUUGGGCUGCUGUUUACAGUGAACUUCAGUGACAAAUCCAUCACCCGAAAUGCUCGAAUUGCUGGGAAGUGGGGAAGAGAAGAGAAGGUUAUCCCCUACUUCCCGUUCACAGCAGGAGACACAUUCAAGAUGGAACUCUUAUGUGAACACCAGCAAAUACGGGUCCUGCUUGAUGGACGGCAGCUCUGUGACUUCACUCACCGCAUUCAGCCUCUCAACUUAGUGAAAGCUUUGCAGAUCACAGGGGACAUCAAGCUUACCAAAGUGGCUUGAAGAACAAAGGGAACCACAAUAUCACCAGAGGACAGAGGCAAAUGUAUUUUCUCCUAUCUGAGAAACAUUUUGUCUUUGUUCCUUGGCUGAUUCUAGAGAGUGGGAACUGUGUCUUUUUCAUUUACUGGUGUGUUUUGAAACAUACACUUCUUUCUGGUUUUCAGUUGCUUUCAGCAAUUGGACAGCUAUGGCUGGCCCAGGUAAAUCAGACUGCCUUUGCUGAAAUACUUUCUCAGCCCCCAAAGUGCAAGAUUUCUGAUGCUAUGAUCCCCUAACCCUCACACAUGCCAGCUCAUUUGAGCUCAGCAUUCUGCAAUGGGAUGGCUAUCACUCUUACAACAAGAACUAGGCAGGAUGCAGGUGGUGGGACUGAGGAAAGAGAAGCACAUUUCCUUAUAAGUGAGAAUAAGGGAGUCUGGCAGGCCCCAGCAAAGCUCAUGUUAUCAAAAAGGAAUUGCUUUUCCUGGCAGCUUGGCUCGGUCAGCACAAAGUUAUCCACACUUCUCAGCAAUAAACCCAGCAAUAAAUACCCUAGCAGCAUUCCUGUCUGUUGUGGGCAGCAUUCUUGUGAAUUCAAAGGUCUCAACAGUUGUGGCUUUCACAGCCUUCUCUGGAUCAGCCCUAGCAAAUGGUAUCUGUGGCUGAAACCACAGUGCCCAUUUUUGUAUCUACUUCAGACUGCAUCUUUGCUGACAAAGUUCUUUACCAGCUCUUAAAUAUUUGAAUGCCUGUGAGUGUUGUGCUGUCAUUUCAUUGGUGUAGAUUUAGACAGAGGUCCUAAAUACAUGGCUAUUCUAAUACAUAUCCAUGCAUGUAUCAUA